CUAAAUUUUUAUAAAUUGUACUUUUACAGAUGUUCCAAAUAUUAAUAAUAACAUCGUUAGUAGCAUUGGCGGCUGGAAGCAGCUCCUGUCCUCCGGCAUUUAGCAAUAAGUGUAUUUGUGGAAGACAAGAUUACUCUGGAGAUCAUUACGUGGUCAACUGCUCGUAUACGGGAUUCACAGAUGCUUCCAUGCUGCAGAGACUUCCUCCUGAAACUGAGGUACUCAUAUUCAGAGGUAACAAUGUAUCUGAAUUGCCAGUUAACAUAUUUGGGAUUCAUAAUAAUACAAAAUUAAAGAUUGUAGACAUGACUGGUAACCAUAUUAAAUUGAUUAGAGGGAAAACGUUUCAUCAUGUGUCGAAUGUUCAACGUUUGAUAUUGAAUCACAAUGAUAUUUCCAUAUCGUCAGACAAUCCUACGGAGCACCAUCCAAGAUUAUUUUCUAAUUUUGAAAAUCUGGAAGAGCUCCACCUGACUGAUGCUUUUGCUGACAACACUCCAGAAGAUCUAGCAGCCGAUUUGCAUGACAUUUUUGUUUCAAGCGAGCUGAAAAAGCUGAAAAAAUUGCAUUUGGAACAAAAUGAAAUUUUUCAAUUUGAUGACGAACAAGUAUUCUGUGAUUUGCCUAGUCUGGAGGAUCUGCAUAUUGGCCAAAACAAUCUACAUGGUGUGAGCUUCAAUAUAACGUGCAUGAAAAAUUUACGCUUCAUCGAUCUGGAAAGCAAUUCGAUCUACACUUUGACGCCAAAAGAGCGCGCUCGCUUGGACGAAGCGGUAACCAGCCGUCAACAUGACCUCGAAAUUGACCUCUCCAACAAUCCUCUGUCCUGUAACUGUGAGGACAUUUACAACUGGUUGAACUCCACUAAAGUCGACGUACGAAACAAGAACAAACUGCACUGUAUACAGAGCAACCAGUACAAACUACCCGAGUGCAACGCCAAAUUGAUCAAAAUGCAGCCGCUGAUCAUCGAUAGCAACAGCUAUUUUCUGACCUCUCUAUUAUUCUUGGCUCUAUGCGCAUCGUUGGCUUUGAACAUUUACUCGCACAGAAGCCGUAUCGAACAAACUCUGGUUCCUGCAUUCCAUUCAGUCACCAAAAAAGUUCACUACACUUCUAUAACAAAAAGCGAAUUGCCUGAAAUGGAUGUUUGAACAAUAUCAGCAUAAUAUUAGCAGGCAGGAGACUUGAGAUGUGUUGUCCUGGAAAUGUUUAGAGCUUUACCUUUAGACAACCCCAUUGACGGAUUAAAUCAUAUAUUCAGGUGAGGUGGAACUCCCCACUAAUAAAAGCCAUACGAAUAUUAUAUUAUUAGGAUAAUACUAUUCUCGGUUCAAUAUUUCACUAGAUGGUUUCAGACUCAUUGUAAGAAGCUGUUUCAAUUUGGCAAUGGUU